UGUUUUUCGCCAUUUUUACUGUUUUUUCUGAACGCUGGCUCUCAUGUUGGACAAAAAUUAAUUUUAGUACUGAAUAAGUAGAUAAAAACCACUUUAUUCGGCAAUACAUUAAAUUUUUUCUCUUUAUUCGGUUAGUAGAAUGGCUGAAUUUGAAAAGUCAAUCGAAAUAAAGUUGUCCGAGGCUCGUAAGAAGAGUGAAAUGAAGACCGAAAGUGUAGCCCAGAAUAACCCCGGUAGGGCCGAUGUAGAUACUAAAAGUUCCCCAACAGUAUCGAAUGUCGAUGGUAAAGAUAAAGACACCAAUAUGAAAAAAUCUGUAAAUGAUAAAGGUUCUUCGAGUUUAAAAAGUUCUUUAAAGAGUAGUGAAUCUAUGAAGGAUUUGAACGUAAAAACCAAGGCUUCAGCCGAUAUUAGUAGAACCAACGAUGACAAAAAACUCGCUGACAAGGAUAAAAUGCAAGAAAGGCAGGCAGAUCGUAGCACGCGAGAUAGAUCGAAAAGUCCUAGAUCUCGAGCACGUUCCCCAUCCCUUAGGUCAUACAUUAGGUCUACGAGAAGUCCUCCCUGGCGUCACACAAGAAACUACAGUCCACGUAGACGAUCUCGAAGCCCUAGAGGAACUCGAAGAAGAUCCCCUAGCCGGUCGCGCCGCAGUCGAAGUCGGAGCCCAGGUAGUCGUUCACGGCGAAGCCCGGUUAGGAGCCGGGAUCCAAAAGCAUUGAUUGCAAAGAAAAGUUUCCUUGACGAUUUGGCGGUCAAGUUUGCACAAGAGGGCAAAGAAUUUCCGGAACUUGAGCAAUAUCGGUGUGAAAUAAACAACCAGUUUGUGUCGUAUCCCACGAGGCAUUAUGCACACAACUCCAAUGAUUCCAAUUUCAACCCUUCUAUUCCUCAAAUGUUCAUGGACAGUGAUAUGGGUUCGUCUCUUAUGGAUGGUCAAAUAAUGAUGACCGAUCCAUACAAUGCAGUAACGGUGCCGUAUGAAUUGAACCCAGUGCCACCUCAGGAGGUCUUCGAAACUACUACCUCUUCUAGCCUAAUAUCGUAUCCCAUAGCUUAUGGAGUUCAGCAGCACGAUAUAGAGCCAGAUAUGUUUAAACAGUUUCCAACACAGCCUGAGGCUCCUGUUAUAAAAAAGAAAAAACCGGCGGAAAAGAGUAAUUUAGAUACGGUCCCAUUCCAACCCUUGGAAAGAGGCACUAAAUUCAAAGUAAAAUCGCAUAUCACCCAAGCAAUUCAAAUACUCGGAGAUUUGGAGAUGUCCUUUAGACGAUCCGGCAAGUUUUUGUACCGUGCUCCUACGCUUAAUACCAAUAACGUGAACAAAAAUCGUUCUGUAUUGCUACAAAGUUCGAGGAACGCAGUAUUUGCGUUUACUUGUCGUUCGCGCGAGCCAAAUGAUCCGUACGGUAAUGUGCCACCAAAGUUGAAAAAAAUCAUCAAUAGUCUCUGUCUAGACGAAGGGAUUAUUUCCCAGAAGAUUUCCGCUCGUCAUAAAAAAAUAAAUGACGCCAUUGCCUUGCAACGUCAGAAAGUUGCAGUCGAAAAAGAUAUCCGGAUUAAACAAACGCCUAAAGUAAGUCCUGGGCCAUUGUUGGUCAAGGCCGCUAAGCCUGAAACUUCAGCCUGUACUGAAUGCUUAAUCCGGAAGAUCAAGGUUAAAGCAAACAGUUCAACUCAGACGCCUUCCGCUCGGGUUGUUGAUUCCUUUGUGCAAACCAAUCCUACACCACUAAAUGCUGUUUCAGAAUUUGGUUCUAUAAAUGAACUUACUCCGAAUCAGGUUCGUGCAGUGAGUGAGUUGAUCAAAUACAUCAAAUUGACUGCCACCAGUGGAACAGUGGAAGAAAUGCGUAAUGCGAUGCGGAAUGAUCAAGUUCAAACACUUAACAGCGACCUUCGUACUGCAUACAACUAUUUUGACAACAUGGUCGAAAGAAAAAAACGAAUGGAACAUCGAGAAAUUUCAGCUGGACAAAAAACCGCCAAUACUACCUAUAAUUCCUACCACCAAAAGCACUACGAAGAAGCACAUGCACAGGUUGAUCUUACGAAUGAGAAACAACCACAAUGCUACGAGAACGAUCCCAAUGAUGAUUAUGAUCAGUUUCACCGUAAUAUGCAAGAGUAUGACGAUCUACAGGAACAGUUUAAAGAUCCAAGUCAAUCAUCAGAAAAAACGGAGUCAUUGGUUGAGGAACAAGAAGUGGAGAACUAUUACGAUGACAAUUUUGAUCUCGAGGUUGGUCAAUCUUUUCAGAGUUUUUCUAAAAGUCAGCAACUCAACACAUUCAGACAAAUUGCAGCUGGAAUCGGUUUCGAUUUCAGUGGUGCUUUGCCAUCAAAAUCCACUAAUCCAUCGAAAAAAACUUUCAAGCAAAGUGGCAAAGUGUCUGGUGCUUCACAUCUUACGCCUGGUGUAUCAACAAUCCCAUUCAACAAAGCCGCUGUUAAAAACCAUCGCGGCAAAGGCAACAAGGGCAAAGGAAAUUUCCAAGCACGGUCGGCCCCCAAAUUACAGUCUACAGCAGCAACUAAAACAAAUAUACAUUAGUUGAAUAGUUUCGUAUAUUUCAAUGGAUUGUAACUGAAUAACUAAAUGUCAAAUAAAGGAUGAAUUCUUUUAAAAAA